UCUGAAAAAAUAAUUCAUAUUUUGCAAUAUUACAGUAAUAUGGGGGAUCCACAGAUGACAAGUGAGUUAAUUAAAACCAGAGACGUUAUUUUGGAAGUGAUUGAAGACCUGUGUCAAAAGGAAAACCUCCAAGCAUCGUUUUCUCAAUGUGGAAGAGCGUUUUUUAUUGUUGGUGCAGGUGCUUUUAUUGGUGGCCUAGUCGCAGGCCCUAUUGGUAUCUUUUUAGGUGGAACUGCAACAGCUGCAACAGAGACUUUUAUUUCUUGGGGUAAAUUUAAACCAGUUGUUACCAUCAUCAAGGAAGAUUUGAGUCCAGAACUAAAGGAUAAAUUGAUAACUGAAGUUAGAGACCAUUUAAAUACAAUAUGUGCUACAGAUACGAUUACCAUCUUAGCGAUUUUAUCAAACCAAGAUUCUUUGAAGACUAUGGUUCUUAACACAAUAGUCAACUUUUUGAAAACUGAAAUGAAACUGAGGAUCAAUAGUGCAUAAUUGAUAUUUUAUA